CUUUGCUCACAGCAGACACCUGUAAAAAUAUUUAUAUUUUGUUAUGACAAGACGUCUAUUCUCGUUUCCCAAUUUCAAGUUAACGCAUCGGGUCGGUUAUCAGUUAUCGUAUUUUGUGACGCGUGCGAAAUUAAUAUUGUUUGUAAAUGUUGAAUGAAACUAUUUAAGUUUUAAUAACUCGUAGAAGUUUUUUCUUUUAUUUAAUUAUAUACAUUAACUGCAUACGUAAUUACAGUGCUAACCUCACGAUAAAGAGCCAUGCGCUUUACCUUAUAACAGUACCAUUUAAGUAGGAUUUUUUUUACCAAGGAUGGAUACAGGAGAGAUAGAAAACAGUGAUUUAUUGACUGGAAAAAUUGUAACGAAGUUAGAAGAUUCAAAUAAUAUUCGAAAUGUUGCAAAAGAGCCACCAGACGGAGGUUUCAGAGCGUAUUCUAUUGUAAUUGGAUCGUUUCUAACAAAUGGCCUACUAUUCGGUGUAAUCAACUCCUACAGUGUUAUUUAUACCGUGUUGAAGAAGCAACUACAUGAUGAAAACGUACCAAAUGCAGAUAGCAAAGCAGCGCUGGUGGGCUCGCUCACGUUGAGUAUGACGUUUCUCUUGUCUCCAGUAUCCGGUGUACUUACCGGUCUCCUGGGACUGAGACUAACAGCUGUCCUCGGCGGCACUGUGGCAACUGCAGGCUUGGUCAUUACUUCCUUCGUUGUUCAUAACGUGGAAGCUCUGUACUUUACGUAUGGAGUCAUGUACGGUAUCGGUGCCUCGCUUGCGUACACUCCUUCUCUCGCAAUCCUUGGGCAUUACUUCAAAAAGUAUCUAGGACGUGUCAAUGGCUUCGUCACUAUUGGUAGCUCAAUUUUCACAGUCAUCAUGCCUCCCGUUAUGAAAUAUACAAUUGAUAAUUAUGGCCUCGAAUGGAUGUUCAGAAUGCUGGCUGUCAUAACUUUCGGAAUUGCGCUAUGUGGCUUGCUCUUCAAACCUAUCCCGGUCGUGAUUAUCGAAAAGCCACCCCAAGAGACAAAUACCUUCAAAACAAUUAUGAAGACAAUUGUCAAUGUACAAAUAUGGAAGAACCGUCAAUAUAGGCUGUGGGCCAUUUCUAUGCCAGUUGCUCUAUUCGGUUAUUUUGUUCCUUAUGUGCACAUAGAGAAUUUUAUUCAAGAGAACUUUAAGAACAGCACAUCGAACUUGCCUCUGCAGUGUAUCGCUGCUACUUCCGGCUUGGGGAGGUUGAUGUUUGGCUUUUUAGCCGAUAGAGACGGGGUUGACAGGAUUCUUUUGCAACAAAUAUCUUUUUACGUUAUCGGGUUGUUAACUAUAGUUUUGCCCUUUGUGAAGUCUUUUGAGCUGCUGCUUGUGAUUUGUUUAGGUAUAGGGUUGUUUGAUGGCGGGUUCAUAUCAUUAAUAGGACCGAUCGCUUUUGAAUUUUGCGGGAGUGCAUAUGCUGCUCAGGCCAUAGGAUGUAUGUUGGGUUUAUCAGCAGUACCUGUGUCUAUAGGGCCUCCCGUGGCUGGCAGACUGUUUGAAGUUUAUAAGUCGUAUACGCUACCCUUUGUGUUAGCUGGAGUAUCUCCCCUCGUUGGUGCUACGUUGAUGUUUAUGAUACGGUUCCGUUCACGAAGUCGUCAUGUUAAAGAGGCAAAUGCUACAAAUGGACAUGCUUUACCGACGCCUGAUGUUGAAAGUACACCAUCACUUCGACCGAACGGUUUUGGUCAGCAAACAUCAUUAUAGCACUGGCUCGAACUGUAAUCAAAACUAUUAAUAAUAUAAGUAGUAACUGAAUCUCUGUACUGUUUAAUAAGCUUAAAAUAUAACUGGCUAUUUGCACACAAUGGAUUGACCACAGUCAUAGACAAAGUAUGUAUUUUUGACACAGAUUAUCAAAUAAUUUUAGAAUGGUUUAUCUGUCAAAAAUUCCAGAGAUAGUUAUUUAUUAAGAAAGUAAUAAACAUACACACGACUACGGUCAGGUUCUGUCAAAACUGCAUUUGAAUUUAGAAUUGUACAUUAAAAGGUAAAUUGUAUGCGUAGUGUAUGGUUAUAAAAUUUUCCACUUUACCUAAGUGCAUUUUUUCCUCGAAUUUGACGUACAAAUACGUACAAACCUUUAAAUCUCUAUGCAUUUGUUAGGCACAAACUGUAGCUUUGUAUAUAAUAUAUCUAUAAUAUGUAUUUUUUGCAUAUGUGUUAAACAAAUAUAUUUAUAGACUUAUUUUAUAUUUAUAUGUUUUGAACUUAAAUAAAUGAGACAUUGGUAGUAAACGUUCAUGAACGUAAUGCAAGGAAGUAUGUAUAUUUUAUGUAUAACUACAUAUUGAACACAGAAUUAAAAAGGGACCAAUAUGGUUUUCAAAAAUUAAAACUCUGACUUAUAUUUAAUUUAAUAUAUAAUAUUUUUUAUCUUUAUUUAGAUAGUGUAUGCUGUUCUCGUAACAAAAAGCCUAGAUUUUUAUUAAAUCAUUUACGAUAUCGUUUCAUGUUAUCUCGUGAGUAAUUUCCCGUUCAAUAUAAAUUCGUUAUCAAAAUCUGGUAGAAUUUAUUAUAUUUUAUCGAUCUGAAGAUUAUAAAACUAAAACAAUAGCUAAUAUAGAAGGUAAUUUUUGUAUCCGUUGCUUGUGUAGCUUGUGGGCGUAUUUAGAACGAAUUCGCAAACAUGAUGUAUGUUUAUUGUCUCAAUGUUUAUUUGCGUUUUAGACAAAGGUAUCCUGAAGCAUUAUUGUGACGUAUGUCUUCUAGUCUCGCUUCUGUAUGAGGAUACAGAAGAGGGACUAGAAGCUGUCACUCCCUUAUGUCUAAGUCGAAUACAUUUUCGACGUACGGGAGACGGACUUACCGCUAAGUUACUGAAUCUUACACUUAGCAGACAGUAUCGUAUGCGCGUAUCUUAAAACCUAUCUAAAGUCGUCGGAGCGUUGCGUUUCGGUAACUUCAUAGAUUUGGUAUUAAAGAAUGGUCUGACAGAUGUCAGAAUAAAGCGUAUAUGUCGUCAUCGCACAGCUUUAAUAUCUGCCAGUGGUAGACAGCCAUAUGUCUAAACAUUUGUUAUGUUUCAUUUUACCAUAUCAAAUUUUUGCUUCUGCGUUUCGCUAAACCAAGUUUCUAAAUAGUAAUUGCUUAAAGACUUGACACAAUGGUCCACAGUGAGCCUACAUCGCGUUCUUAUUUCACGUUGCUCCAAGUCUAUGCGACUGUCUUUGCCUUAUCUGCAACUGAUUGUCGCCAGGUGUGCUUGGUUUCAAUCAAGUUCCAAUUACUUAAAUACGCAGUAUAGGAAAAUAAAAAAUAGUUUAAGGAAAAUCGACGCCUCGUACAGCGGUUUUUCCUUUUUAUAAUGCGAAGACCUUUUCUCAGAGUUUAAUAACUAAUAAUAUUUAUCGGGUUACAAUGUGAUUUAUUAGUCUCCAGCGUUGCGUGAUUGUCAUAUGAGAAUAAAAAGCUUUUGAUUUA